AUGGCGACAUUCCGGCUCAUCGACAUCACUACAUGGACAGUCCAAGUCUUUGAGAUUGGGCAGUCACCGCCCUACCUCGCCAUAUCCCACGCCUGGUCCGACCGCGUCUUCCCCAAACAGCUCCCCCUCGCGCCUUCAUUCGGCAGCGCCGCCAUCCGGCAGACCCUCGCCAAGCGUGCCCUGCCGCACGUCCGCCACUGCUGGGUCGACCUCUUUUGCAUCCUGCAGGACUCGGACCAGGACAUGUGCGAGCAGAUCCCGCUCAUGGGCCGCAUCUACGGCGACGCCCGGGCCGUCCUCGUCAUCCUCACCAGCACGCUGCGUCUGACGCAGGCGCAGGUCGACCACGGCACCGCGCAGCUCGACGAUGCCCUCGCCGUCUGGCACGCCGAGGCCUGGACUGACGACGGCCCGCGGCGGCGCUGGACCCGCGCCGGCCGUGCCACGCUCGUCCACGCCAUGGACGUGCUCGCGCGCUUUACAGACGCCGCCUGGGGCACGCGCGUCUGGACGCUGCAAGAGUACCUGCUCGCGACAGAGCUCGUCUGGAUCGGCGCCGACCUCGAGCCCGUCUCCGUCCGCGACGAGCUCUUUGCCGCCAUCCCGCAUCUCUGCGAGGAGCUCGGCAUUUCCGAGUGCGCGCGCCGCCGGGGGGACGAUGAUGAUGACGACAGCAACCCGGCCACGGCCCGCUAUGAGCGGCUGUUUUCGCACUUUGCGGGCAUGGCGGCGCGGCGCACCGGGGCGACGGACCGCACGCGCGUCAUGGAGAUGCUCGGGAACCGGGCGGCGUUUCUGCCCGUCGACGAGGUCUAUGGCGCCAUGGCUGUGUCGACGGUCGAAAUUGCCGUGCGCCCGGGAGAGCCGAGGGAGGACGCAUGGCGGCGCUGGACGGAGACGGCGCUGGAGGCGGGCCAUCUGCGGUGGCUGAUGGUGCCGCCGGCGGUGCUGGCGCCGGAGGAGGCGGCCGGACUGACGUGCGCCGAAGUGGUGUGCGCGAAGCGGCAUGUGCUGUCUUCGGCGUCGGGGCUGGAUACCGUGACGCCGUACGGGCCGGUGGCUGUUUCGGAGGGCACCGUGUUGACGACUGCCCGGCCCGUCGGAGCUUGCACGCUUCUUCGCGAGCUUGGUCCUGUGCACCGAGGCAGCAACGGGUGGGUUCAUCGGGACCUGACUCUCAUUCUGUACGCCAAAGGAAACUGGUUCUCUGCCGUUGACGUCGCCGUUGCCUUUGGUGCCGGGCGCUAUUCCAACAAGCAGCUCCUCAUGAUCGCGCAAACCCUCGUCAACAACUACGAGCGUGCGUUGCGCUGCAUCGACCAGCACACCGAGCGCGCAUUCUACCCCCUCUUCCCGUCGGAGCGGUCCUGGUCGGUAUGGGCCGACUUUAUGCAGCUCCAAUCGCAGUGCGUCAUGGACACGCUCAACUUUGGCUUUGGCUAUCUGAUUCGCGUAGCAGCCUCGCCAGUGCCGUUUGUCACGGUGCUCGUCACAGGCGGACGCAGACCGCAAGGAGAACUCGUGGCCCUGGACUGCAAUGCGCGAGGCAGUGACGGGCGGCAUAAGCUCUUGGUCGGUGAGAAGCCGGAGGUAGAAGCACGGGAGGAGCAGCCGAGCGUCGCCAAUGUGCCGUGGCACAAGGCUGGAGUGACGAUUUCGGUGGGCCAAGACUACGCGUGUGGGUGGAAUGACUUGCCGCUUGUCGAGAUUAGCAUCGGAGGAUCAAAUUGUCACAUCUGCCAGCAGACGUCUGUUUCUUGGAGCAAGCAUCCGACGCAUUACCGGACUCGAAGCUUGGGAGGUGAUGAUGCGAGAACGAUUCGUCGACGGUUACGGAAACGGCGUAGAGAUGAUGCGCGUCGAAGGAAUAUCCGCAGAAUUGUCAGAUCAACAAGGAAAAAGACCUCGAAUAGCGCAAGAGUGUAA